UUCCUGCUUCCGGUUCGCGGAGCGGGUGAAGGAAGCCGGUCGGGUCCACGGAGGGGGCUGCUAUAGGCCGGCGCCGCCUGCGGUCCCCGGGCCGCCCCGCCACCGCCGAGCGCCCAGCAUGGGAUGCCCCUGAGCGCCGAUCGCUCGGAUCGCUCUUCCGUAGGCUUGGCCGUGCCCGGUGCGGGGACGCCGGACGAGUCCGGUGCGGCAGCAGGAUGUCAUCACCAUGCCAUCCCUCUGCUGUGCUGCUGGUCUUUAUGGCCCUUGCUGUUGGUGUGGGGGCUGAGCAGCUGAAAGAGAGGAACUGUGACGUGAUCGGCGAUGAGAGCAGUGAAUCACAAAUGGAAAGAGCCCUGCUGAAGAAACUAGAGCCCCUCAGCCAAAUAAGGUUUAACGUGACUGUGGAGAAAGGCAAAACAGAAAAUUACAUCUACCAUUUCAGGGUGUGCAGGGAGGUCAACAGCACCUUGCAUGACUUUGGUGGCCUAGUGCAAAAAGACAGACAGAAUGGGAAGACCACUGUCAUAGGAAGAAUCAAUGAAACCCAGGUCUUCAAUGGAAGUGACUGGAUCAUGCUGAUUUAUAAAGGAGGUGAUUCAUAUGGCACACACUGCAGUGGUGAGAAGAGAAGAGCUGUGAUAAUGAUUUCUUGCAAGCGGGGAGUUACAGCGAGUUCCUUCAGCAUUAUUUCGGAAGAGCGGGACAAGGAGCAGGAGUGUUUCUACCUCUUUGAGAUGGACAGCAGCGUGGCUUGUCCAGCUGAGGAUUCCCACCUCAGUGUUGGCUCUAUUCUACUGAUCAUCUUUGCUUCACUGAUUGCAGUCUACAUCAUUGGUGGCUUCCUCUACCAGCGCCUUGUGGUGGGAGCAAAGGGCAUGGAGCAGUUUCCUCACUUUGCCUUCUGGCAAGACCUGGGCAAUUUGGUGGCGGAUGGCUGUGACUUUGUCUGCAGAUCCAAGCCCCGAAACGCACCAGCUGCGUACCGCGGCGUGGGCGAUGACCAGCUGGGGGAGGAGUCUGAGGAACGGGAUGACCACUUGCUGCCCAUGUGAUGUGAAGCCUCCAACACCGAGUUCUGCUCUCCCCACCUCUCCCAGUGCUUGUUCAGCCGGGUGCCUCCCAGCCAGUUCUCCUUCUCUCACUUCUGAUGUUCUUUAUGCUGUUUGCUUUCACUGUCUCUGGUGUGUCAGGUCCCAUGGCUGCCUCUGGGUGUGAAGAGCACCGGUGC